UCUUCUCCCUCCUCUGUCACUUUUUUCCACCAUCUUCUCGAAGCUUCUAGAAAGAACCUCUCUUCUUUUCCAGAUGUUUGCUUAGAUCUUCUGAAAGACAACGAUUUUAGGGUCCCUUAGUGUGCUUUACAAUUUGAAGCUUCACUUCAAUGCUCUACAAAGGGAUUUUUCGAACAAUCCCGGUUCCACUAAAAUGAUUAGAAUGUAUCAAACAUUCAAGAAAAUUUCAAUGCGGUAUGUGGAAACGCUACAACGAGGCAAAUGUAUCUGAUUUCUCGAUAUAUAUGGAAGAAAAUUCAACAGAUAGCAUUUUGUUAUACAUUCUGUCGCCUGUCGGACCUAUCAACAGAUAGCAUUUUGUUAAAAGCAUUACUUAUACCUGUAUCCUUACCAGUUGUGUUACCCGCUUGACUCUUAGACCCUGUAGCAUUGACACUAGCUGAGAAGCAGCUGCUCUUUUUCAGAAUCUGAUCAUAUUGUUCUUUGGUAAACACACAUGCUCCAGGUUGGUUUCCACUUGCCUGUUGCACCAAAUUCCCUUGAUCAAGUAUCCCUUGAUACAUACCAGUGAUAUUAGCAGUGAUCAACCUUUCAUUGACCUGACUUGAGGGAUUAUUAGUGCUUAACACAACUGGUUAGAUGAGCUGUUAACGAGCUUAGCAUAGCAGUCUGUUAAGUCUGUUAAAUGUUAGUUAUAACUGUAUUUGUGAAAGGUAGUUAGUGAAGUAGUUAGUCAACUAAUUCUACUACAUACACAUAUGUAUAUAUAGAAGAUACAUAGCACUGUAAACUUACACGUUUAUCAAUGAAAGUCUUCUGAUUCUCUUCUUCAUCACUAAGCUGUUCUUCUUCUUCUUCUAAAUCACCUUCUUCUCUUCUUUCUGGUUUCAUACAAAGAACUCAAACAUGGAGUUCUGAUUAUCUUCAAUUCCAAAACAGCCUGUUAGAGACGCUGCUAGAUGAUUGUUGCUUACUUUGAUGCAGUAACUCUUGCAUUAAUUGAAAGCACUUAUUAACUCUUCAUUUUACUAUAACAAUACACUAAUUGAAGUGAGUUUUAUGCUAAAUUUUAUUUAUUGGGUAGACUACAUCAUGUGGACAUAACCUUCUAUUUUUUUUUUUUUUUUUUUUUUUUUUUAAGAAACCACUAAGUGAUAUACUUAGUGGAGGGAUAUUAUUAAUAAUAAAUAGAUAGUUAAAAAAAAAAUAAAAGUAAAGCAAAGACCCAUCUGAACGAUCUGGUCCAAAUAAAAGCAAUAAAAACAAAAUGCAACAGACCAAACACCACACCACUCCAACAUUUAGGAAAGUUCUCGAUCGGUCAACUUCGCCGGAGCAAGGCAUCACACUUCCGCCACAGUUCAAAAAUCUGAUUUUCCGGUAUGGAUUCACAUCAUCUUCGCACCAUCAAGCUCUCACCAGGUGCAGCGAACCCAUAACCAAGGAGUUUAAUCUCAGAACAACCAGAUCUGUUCCUUUCAGCCCAGUACUAGGAGUGCAAGGGUGUCACACAAGCAGCUAUUGGGCCAUGAAGGAGCAAUAGGACCAGAAGGCCUUCACAGAGGUUUAUUUGGGAUCCAAACCCAAUUAACAACCGGUUAAAAGGACUACGGCUUAGAAGAACAGUUUAUGCAAACAGUCAUGAAGUAUCUGACCUACUCAGAAGUUCAAUUUUUUGUUCACCUUCACUAGCAUUGCUCGAGUGUAUACCUUCAUCUGAGAUCGAAUGUUGAAGCUAGAAAAGAAUUACUUCUUGAAGUGCAAUUGAUAUGGAUGCAACUAUAUGUACUUUGUCAAAACAAUAACGUUAUUGGGGAAAAUACUAGGAUGACAAUCUGCAGAGUCAAUUGAUGUACCCUAGGCAAGCAAGGGUUAAAUUAGUUCUGUUUCUUUUUUACUUCAUAUCUAUUGCCCAUCCUUUUUCCAAUCUGACCAUAAUAUUGAAGGUUAUUGUGGAAUAACUAUUUGAUUCUUGUCAUUCUCUUCAAAAUUGUCGGAGAUUUAAAUUGAUUUUGUUCACAAGGGCAGAAACGUCAAGGGUGUUGUAUUAGGCCCAAGCUCAGCACAGGCAUCACCAUAUCUAGUUUAGGGCGGACUCACUUCUGUUGUUGCAAGUUCGAUUAAAAUUUAAUAAUUUUAACUCAAAUUUUAUAGUUAUGUUAAAAACUUUAUUUAAAAUAUAUAAUCUAUCUAAAAUUUAAUAAUAAAAAUAAUUAUGCUUCAAAACCUGUAAACUAAAUCCGCCUUAAAUUACUAAAAGACCAUGUAUGGCGUUCUUUUGAAAACAUCCUCAUGCCUUGCAUCUUCAAUUUGUACUUAUACUGAACAUCUUUAACUUAAAUUACUAAUGUACUGUUCAUUUUUUUUUUUUACUUAUUAAUAGGUACAUAACUUUUUGUUAAUUUUGCUUUGAAUGUCAUUUUGAUUGUAGUACUUGUUAUAGCUUGGACAACAAUUAAUGUUGAAUUUAUAAAAGGAAAUUAAAAUUACGGAAAAGAGCCAAAUAUACCCUUGUUCUACUGGAAAAGGGCCAAAUAUAUCUGUCGUUAUAUUUUUGGUCCAAAUAUACUACUAUCGUUAUACUAUUAGUUCAAAUAUAUCCUUUAUUCGUUAUAGUUGUCCAAAGUGGACAUCCAAUCCUAUGUGGCACUAAUAUUUGAUGAGGUGGAAGCCACAUGGCAUGCCACCUCAGCAACUCUAUCCCAUUUUACUCCUCUCCUCUAUUUGUUCUUGCACGACUAGCAAAUCCUUCCCCUCCACAAUCAUUGCCCACAACUUUCUGACUCAAAUAGGAAUUUCACAACUUUCAUAGUGUCCAUGUCCACCAAUUGAACAACAGCCAGUUGACCAGUAUCUACUGGAAAAAGAGAUAAAAGAAAGGAAAAUAUACUCAUAAAAUUGAAGAAUUCUGGCUACUAAACGAGAUAUUAUCUGAUGCCUUCGCACAUUUUUCCUUCAUACAAUCCAUGACAUUCCUCCCUACCCACACUUUUGGCUACCGAAAAGGGGGAAAGUUAUUAAUUGGGGUUUUCACUGUCAAAUACUGAGGACUUAUUAUGUUAUUUACUAUUAAAUGACAGAAGAACAUCAUACCAUGGUGCAUACAUUAAUUUAGUUAUAUAAUACAGAAGGGUAUUGUAUCCAAUUAGGAAGCAUUAAACUUGAACCAGAAGCAAUACACUAUAAGCACACCCCAACACUACUAAAAAAACAAGAUUUCCCGACCUCAAUUGAGGUCGGAAAAAAACCGACCUCAUAAGGUCGGUUGGUAAAGUCGUAAUAUUUAUUUUUUAAUUUUUUUAAAAAUAAACCGACCGCAUGAGGUCGGUAAUUUUGUAUCAAAAUUUGAAAAAAUAAUGUACCGACCUCAGUAGGUCGGAAAUUUAUUUGAUGCCUAAUAUUAUAAUUUUACUUUUAAUUUAAAAGAAUACCAACCUCACGAUGUCGGUUCAUUAAAAAUAAUUAAAAAUUAUUUUUAAUAGACUGACCUCGUGAAGUCGGUAUUCUUUUAAAUUAAAAAUAAAAUUAUUAAAUAUACCGACCUCAUGAGGUCGGCAUAAUUGGGCAAAUAAAUUAAAUGAAAACAGACUCAAAUAAACCCUUCUCUCUCUUUCCCUAUCAGUUUUCGCUCCCCCUCUCUCUCUCUCUCUCUCUAACCCUAAUAAUACGACGUCGAUAUCACCAUCAUUGCGGGGAGUCACCGUCGCAGCCAUCCCUAAUCAGUAUUGUCGUCACCGUUGCCACCGUCCCUAAUCAGUACCGCCGUCGCUGUUGCGUCCACAGCCAAUCAUUUGAGGAUUAUGUGCCCACUGUGUUCGACAAUUUCAGUGCAAAUGAAGUUGUCAAUGGAGCCACUGUCAAUCUAGAGUUGUGGGAUACUGCUGGACAGGAGGAUUACAAUAGAUUAAGACCUCUGAGUUAUCGUGGGGCUGAUGUUUUCAUUUUGGCAUUCUCUCUCAUAAGUAAAGCCAGCUAUGAAAAUGUCUCCAAGAAGUGGAUUCCUGAGUUGAAGCACGAUGCUCCUGGUGUCCCAAUAGUUCUUGUUGGAACAAAACUUGCUGGCAGGUGAAAAGAGGAGUAAGAAAACAAAGAAAGCUAAGGAGACGGGGAUUCCCCGGAGACCACCAGAAAACCUUGCGAUUAGAGAUAGAAGCCCGUCGCCACGUCUCCCACCACGAGGCACUCCAUUGCCUCAUGAUCCCCUCAUGAAUGGCAUUGCAUAUAGUCUUCCACCUCCAUAUGAUUUGUGGAUUGUGUAAGUGUUUUGUGGAUGUUUGCGAGGGGUGAAGUAGUCUAAUGUUGUAGACUAACUUAGUGUAGACUAGUUUAAUGUUUUGUGGAUGUUUACAAAUGUUGAAGUAGUUUAAUGUUUUUUUGAUGUUUGCGAAAGUUGAAGAGCUUAAUGUCUCUUGUGAAUGUUUGAUUGAUGUUUUUAUUCAACUUUGAAAUAGUUUCGAAUUGAAUUUGAUGUAUUGGUGGUUGUAAUAUAUGUGUUGUAAUAGUAGCUUAAUGUUUUAUGUAUUUAUAGUAGUUUGGUGUA